UACCACAGACUGAAGUGGCCAAGUACUGCACUGCACUGCAUUACACUGCACUUUCUGGCAUUACCUUGGGGUCGGUCUCGGCAUAAUCCUACGUACUGUACAGACCUGGGUACCGAAGGUAUCAACUACAACGCACACUUGCCGUGCUGCAGAUGCCCCCACCAGGCUAUGCAGCUCCAUAUUGGGCUUAUGUCGCUUCUAGGGAAGCUUCAUGGUGCAAUCAGCGAAAGCACCGGUUGGCUCUGCAGCAGAGUGAGGAGUUUUUCUUGGGGUCUUUACAGUAGAACUGAGUACGGCAGCUGGCACGUAGCUGCUGCUUUCCUUUGGGCUCGAUCCUGCGUGUUGCCGAAACACAUCGAGAUUUUCUUGCACCGGGGGUAAAAUCACACAAAAACAAUAACUCGCUCGUCCAUACCAUACAUGCUCGUGCACGAUUCGCUCCUCCGCAUCCCUUUGGACAUCGAUGUCUUGAAUACUUUCUGUGUCAUCAGCAUCGUGGUGCAGCGCGGAUGCAGCUCACCAGCAGCAGCAGCUUGGCCAAGCCCAAGCAGCCCACUUCCACUGGCGCUAAUCUCGCAGGCCCUGGACACUGGAUAAUCAACCUUCCACUCUCUUCCUCCAUCCUCCUGUCCCUUUCUCUCCUCCCCUCCCAAAACAUCUAAUCCAGCAAGUUUCCUCCAUCGACAGACGUCUAGGUUGCGAGUGGUUUUCUUCCUCUCUCUUCCUAUCGUCCCUUUCUGCGAUUUCUUUCUUCCAUUCAAAUCAAGUCAAGUCCUCAUCGUCGUCCUCUCGUCGUCGUCGCCUUCUUAACUUUCACAUUGGUCUGCUGUCCUCUCGCAGAGCUUCCCUCCGCUUUGUUGUCGUAUCGCUCGUCUUCAUCCUUUAAGCUUCAUCGCGCAGUCAAGUAAUAGCGAUAUUUCUUCCUCUCGACAUUCACCUUUCGUCUUCGGUCUUUCUGCAGAGUACCGUCUAUCGAUUUUCGAAUCUCAGCGCCGUUCUUAUCGUUCGAGUCGCACAAGCACAAGGCAUUUGGCAGAGCAGCAACAGAAAGAAGCUCAGCCGCCUUUCCAUAUCUCUCUGCUAUCGGAGUUUUGGCUUGAAAGUACGUUCUGCGAAGUCGAGUCCUUGCUCUGACGCUGUAAUACCACCAUCGCAUAUCCGGCAGCGCAAUUUCGAUUCGAAUUUUCUCUAGCAUUUGAUACCUCCAGCAAUGGCAGAUAACGGCCCCCCUCCCUCUGGCGCUCAGUUGCCUCCUCCACCACAGACGACUGCUGGUGCGCCAGGCUAUGAAAAUGGCCAUGGUGGCCAGGCCAAUACCCACAUGCCACCACCACCUCUUCCACCGGUGAUAAUUCCGCAGAACACGAACCCUAUUCCAACAGCUAUUUCAUCACCAAUGGGAGAGAAUGGAGGAAUGAUGUCUCCCGACAGUUCUGGUGGAUUUGUGCGCCGUGCUGCACCUGAGCCCAAUAAGCGCGCUUUGUACGUUGGAGGUCUUGAUCCAAGAGUUACGGAAGAUGUGCUUCGCCAGAUCUUUGAGACCACUGGGCAUGUUCAAAAUGUCAAAAUCAUUCCAGACAAGAAUGUAGGUGCCGUACGUAUCAAAUUUUUAAAGUCGAACUGUUGGAAAAUUGUCGCGCGUUCGGGAGCAUUCUGUUGUAUUGAAUUAUUUAUCCACGGAAUCGUGCAGAACCUACGCCGGUUUGGUCAAAGGAUUCACUAUGACAUAUUUUUCUUGCUACAAAAGCUCGCGCCGCUAACUUCUCUCGUACUCUAGUCAAAAGGUUUCAACUACGGUUUUGUUGAAUACGACGACCCCGGAGCAGCAGAACGCGCCAUGCAGACCUUGAACGGCAGACGUGUGCACCAGGCGGAAAUCCGUGUGAACUGGGCAUACCAAUCCAACACCUCGAACAAGGAAGAUACCUCCAACCACUUCCAUAUCUUCGUCGGCGAUCUCUCAAACGAAGUCAAUGAUGAAGUACUCCUCCAAGCAUUCUCUGCCUUUGGCUCGGUCUCCGAAGCUCGCGUUAUGUGGGACAUGAAAACUGGUCGCUCUCGCGGAUACGGCUUCGUUGCUUUCCGUGAGCGUCAAGAUGCUGAGAAGGCACUGAGCUCUAUGGAUGGCGAAUGGUUGGGCUCUCGCGCCAUUCGAUGCAACUGGGCCAACCAGAAGGGCCAGCCUUCGAUUUCUCAGCAACAAGCUAUGUCUGCCAUGGGCAUGACUCCUACCACUCCGUUUGGUCAUCACCACUUCCCAACCCACGGUGUCCAAAGCUACGACAUGAUUGUUCAACAGACCCCUGCUUGGCAAACCACUGUCUACGUUGGCAAUCUCACACCAUACACCACCCAGAAUGACCUUAUCCCUCUCUUCCAGAACUUCGGCUACGUCGUUGAGACUCGCUUCCAAGCUGAUCGUGGAUUCGCCUUUGUUAAGAUGGAUACACACGAAAACGCAGCCAUGGCCAUUUGUCAAUUGAGUGGUUAUAAUGUCAAUGGCCGUCCUCUCAAGUGCAGUUGGGGUAAGGACAAGGCACCUAGUCAACCUGGCUUGGAUGGAGCUCAAGCUGCCUGGAGCCCACAAGCACCCACACCUGGUGGUUAUCCAGGAACUCCUUCGCAGUACUUCCCUCAAUACGGUGGAAUGCCUCAACCCCAAGGUCCCCAGUCAGCUGGCCCAAUGCCUACUGGUCAGACUCCUGGCCAAUUUCCACCCCAAGGUGGCUACGGUGGUCCAGCCCAGUCUCCCAGUCAAUAUGCCAACCCUCAAAUGUAUGGAGGAUCUGCCAGCGCUGGUGGCUAUGGACGUGGUCAGCCAACACCAAAUGCCCAAUGGAGUGCGCCUGCUGCCCAAAAUUUUGGAAAUGGCUUCGGUGGCUACCAAGGCUAA